CCCAGGACACAGCACAAGGCAUUCAAGAUGGCAGCCCCAGAAGCCCAAGAGGCAGCUGCCAAGCAGCGGAUUAUCAAGCAUAUGAACGCAGACCACCACGACUCGAUCCGCCGUUAUGUAGAAGCCUACGCAUCCAAAUCAACGUUUCAAAGCCGCGAUGCACAGAUGACCGACAUCGAUCUUGGCGAAAUGAAGUUCAGCUGCGGCGGCCAGCAAGUCGUCGUCACAUUCGAUCCACCCAUGACGGCCCUCCGCGAAGCUCGCGAGCGCCUCGUGCAAAUGGACAAGGACUCUUUGCAGGCUCUAGGCCGAAGCGACAUCUCAGUCACCACCUUUAUCCCAGCCACCGCUAAACCAGGGCAUCUAUACAAUUUCACGCAAUGUGUGCUUGCAUACCUCCUACUUCCUCGGCCAGCGAACUUCAGGCCAGGAUCGUUGCUGUACGAAAGCCUACUAUACAAAGUUCCAUCCAUUGCAGCAUUUAUUGCCCAGAUUGCAUGGAUCGUUUUCGCGAUCAUGCUGCCCCUGCAUAUUGGCGAGACUGUUUUGAUGGCUAGAAAGCUGGCGAAGCAUGGGUGUAGUCCCGCGGAUGGCGUAUGGUGGAAGUGGAUGGGGACUUGCUUUGUGGAGGGUAUUACUUCGUUUUGGAGGUUGGAUGGCCUUAUUGAGGGGAAGAGGAGGGAGAAGGAGGCUAAGAAGCACUGAGAUGGAGCCCUUGGUAUAGACAAUGCAUAUGCGUUCCACAGCGGAAACAUCAUUGUAGAUAUUUCUGAUGCUACUAUUUGGAUUCUCAUACUCGAUUAGAUAGCAUCAAGGCAUAGCGGGUAUUAUGGGGCAUUCCCCUUUUUAGCAUCACAAAUCCCGUUCGCUCAGACCCGACACAGCCUUCCAUUCUGCGUGGUUACGCCCAAGUCAGGAGCGCCUCGGAUCUCCCACUCGUCACUCCCUAUAGCAGUCGUAGCAUAAAAAACGCCUGUUGGAUCGUAUUUCCGC